AAUUCACUAAGAUGGUGUUGGCUGAAUUAAGCGAGCAGAUAACUCAGGCGUUCCGCAAGUUACACGCGCGGACUAUUAUCACCGAGGAGGUCAUUGACGAAGUUAUCGGUGAUAUUGUUCGGGCGCUCCUAUCUGCUGAUGUUAAUGUUAAGUUAGUUAGGCAACUGCGUGAAAAUGUUAAGCUUCAAGUGCGUCUCCAUGCCGACGCGCUGGGAGCGAAUAAACGCAAGUUCAUCCAAAAGGCUGUUAUUGAAGAAUUCAUUAACAUGCUAAGCAGCGAUCGUAAACCGUAUGUUCCUAAAAAAGGUCACGCAAACAUUAUUAUGUUUGUCGGUUUGCAGGGUGCUGGUAAAACUACUACGUGUACUAAAUUCGCGUAUCACUAUCAAAAGAAGGGCUGGCGUACAGCAUUGAUCUGUGCAGAUACAUUCCGUGCUGGUGCCUUCGACCAGUUAAAGCAAAAUGCGGCUAAGGUUAAAAUACCAUUUUUCGGUAGCUACUCCGAGGCCAAUGCCGUGCGAGUUGCUGCCGAGGGUGUAGCUAAAUUCAAAGAAGAGAAGUACGACAUCAUUAUCGUAGACACCUCAGGUCGUCAUAAACAAGAGGAGUCUCUUUUCGAGGAGAUGCGCCUCAUCCACGAAGCAGUGAAGCCAGAUGACGUUAUCUUCGUUAUGGACAGUCACAUUGGUCAGGCGUGCUACGACCAAGCGGCGGCUUUCAACAAGGUGGUUGACGUCGGUAGUGUUAUCAUCACUAAACUUGAUGGUCACGCCAAAGGUGGCGGCGCCCUCGCCGCCGUUGCUGCUACCAAUUCACCUAUUAUUUUCAUCGGUACUGGUGAGCAUUUCGACAACUUCGAGAAGUUCGACGCCAAGUCGUUCGUGUCUCGUAUGCUGGGCAUGGGUGAUAUCAAUGGAUUGAUUAAUACCAUCCAGGAGAUAGUUGGGAUGAACACCAACAAGGAAAUGGUAGAUCGCAUAUCAUCUGGGAUUUAUACACUUAGGGACAUGUAUGAGCAAAUCACGAAUAUACUCAAAAUGGGUCCCCUGAGUCAAGUGGUAUCCAUGUUCCCGGGAAUGUUCCCCGGGGUAUUCGACUCCAAUAGUGAACAGGUUGGUGUAGCGAAUAUCAAGAAGUUCCUGUGCAUAAUGGACUCAAUGACCUCCGAUGAGUUGGAUUGCGACAAGCCGUUAUCCGAGUCGCGCAUCGUACGUAUCGCACGUGGAUCAGGAUCCACUAUAGGAGAGAUCAACCAGUUGAUGGAGCACUAUAAGGUGCUGCAGAAACUGGUUGGAAAGUUAGGGAAGUCGUCCCUAAGCAAGGAAAACGUAAAUCAGACCCUGAUGCGCAACCCACAGCAAAUGAUGUCGCGCUUGCAGCAAACCAUUGACCCCAAACUGCUAAGCCGUAUGGGCGGAGCCACCAACGUCAUGAAGUUCAUGAAGGAGUUCUCGCAAAUGGACGGCUCCGCCGCCAUGAUGAAACAAAUGGGUGCUGGAUUGAAACGAUGAGCACCGCUUCUAAUAAUCGUAUG